AUGCGAACUAUAUUCGGACACGGACAAACACGUGUGAACGGCAAAACGGAAAAGCGCGACAAACGAUAUUCGGGAAAAAACUCCUACCGACGUACAACGCUGUCGGGCAACGACUGUUUGUUUAUUUAUUAUUAUUCGACCAGAGCGGACUACACGAACGGGCGGGCGGCUCAAUGGCGAACGAUAUUCGGCAACGGACAAACACGUGCGAACGGCAAAACAAAAGAGCGCGAAAGACUCGAACACGCGCGGGUCGCUGAUCAAACGGCCGGUGGCGUCUCUUCAGUCGCGGUAGUAAUGCUCAAUUCGACAAUGACAACGGUACUAUUGCACAACGUGACGAAGACAACAAGUGACCGCCAUUACCGAUCUUACGAAACUCGUACACGACCACUCGGGGGCGUCCGGUCGAUUCAGCAGGCGGGCGCAGCAACAUGCGAUUACUUGUUACAAGUGCCGCGUAGCUGGCGAUCGUAUAACAAUGGCGUUUGCGAAACCACGCUCGGUUCUAACCACGAACCAGCCGAUUACCGACGCGGACGUACUGGAAUCGAUCGAAUACUAUGGUUGGAGGGUGGUAGAGGAACGGUCUCCAACGACGUUUCGACACUUCCGCCCUACUCCCCCGUCCUUAUAGGCCGCCGAAAGGUACAACUGUCCCACUGUCGACUUCGGUGA